AUGCCGGGACUAGAAAAGUUGAAUCGAGCGGGGAUGCUCGUGGAACUUUAUCGCGAGAAACUUUUGAGGAAUUAUUUGAAAACGUGUCCGACGUUAUUUCAUAUUUGCUACGACCCCAUUGGCACCCAUAAAAAGACUCGAGCGUUAAUUGGAUUCUUCCUCGGGUUCUUCUUCGGGGUCUUUUUCUACGAGACGAUCGUCGUCGAUUUAGCGUUCGAGAAAUACACCAGCCUUGCCCUGGGAGUCGUCAUCGUGACCUCCCUGUCCGUUGGCUGUUCUUCGUCGAUUCAGGUGAGAUGUAUUUGCUUAUUGACGGUCCCGUCAUUUUUUGGAAGAGCCGGACGAAGCGUUCUCAAAGCAUUGGUUCUGGGCUACGUGAUCGCUGGACCGAUAUUUAAUCUAACCGUUAAUGGAAAAGAAGUGGUUCGCACUUUCGCCUGUACGACCCAACUAACGUAUAACCUUACCAGAACUCGCUUCGACCUCAUGUUUAAACCUUUCCAACAGGCAGGGUUCAACGUGAGAACCGACGCCAACGAGAUCAAGGACACCCUAUCCUCGGUGAGAGAUCUCACGAGCUCGAUCGUCGAAGAAAUCGAAGGCGAGGAGGAAACGAGAAGACUGAAGGAAGAGAACGACUACGUGGACGAUUCGAUGGGAGACGCGAAGAGAAGCGAGGAGAUCGAGGAAAGGAAGAAGAAAGCGGUUGCCGGCGCUCGAACGGAAGGCGAGAUUUACGAGGCCAAGUACCGAGAGAAGGUCGAAGCGAGAUGCGAGGAGCAGCUCGACAAAGGGUCCGAGCACUGCAGAGAAAUGUUCGGCGAGGCGUACAAAAGGUGUUCCUCCGCGGUGACGUGGAUCGCCGCGUGGCUCCUCUGCUGGCCCGCCAAGCUCGCCUUCGUCUGCAACGUCGCGCAGGCACUCGGGGGCCCGAGCAUUUGCGAUCCCGCGGGGAAGGUCGACGUCGACGUGGGCCGGAACUAUGCCGCUCUAAAAGAAACGAGGGACGCGCUCGGCAGGAGCUUCAAGGACGCGAGGAUGCGGUACAAGGUGCAGCUGGCGCCGACCCUCGUGGACGCGUACGAGGCGACCGACGCGGCAAAAGCCGUCAUGCACGACUUCAACGUCCGCCGAAGACUCUUCGACGGAGGAAUGGUCCUCCUGAAGCGCUGUCUGGCCUUCGUCUUCCUGAAGAUCGUCCUGAGCGCGCAGGAUUACCACGACGGGUACCUGAGGGACAUCGAGCACGACAACGUCUACGUGACGGCGUACUUCCGCAAGAUAGACGCGAGGCGCCGGGCGCGCGGCAGCGUCGCGCUGCUGCCCCUGAAAAAGAUGGAGAGAGACAAGUUCGUGGACCCGUACAGCGGCAGACCCGGCAAAGCGGAGAGGGCCAACUUGAUCGGGCAAACCGUCAAGCUGGUCUUGGAGAUGGUCACGGCGACGACGUUCGUCCUGCUGGACCGACUCUUCUACGAGACUCUGGACCUGGUGCGACGCCACGCCCGCAUGGAGUACGCGCAGUCCGGCCGCCACGACGUCAAGCUCGAGAUCCGCGGGACGGGGGUGAUCGCCUCCCUGCUGCGCUCGGUCGUCGCGGGCUUCGACCUGAAGAGGCGGGUCCGGACCGUGGUCUCGAACGAGGCCUGCCUGCCGCGACCCAGCCAGCUCGAGAGCUACGUCCUGGGCAAGAUCUACGGGACGUAUCUCGCGGUCUGGGUCACCGUCUUCCUCUCCUCGUACACCCAGCGACUGCGCAGGGUCGCGUGCUCCUUCUUUUACCGGAAGCGCGAGAAGCGACGCGUACUCUACCUGUACAACGAGACGCUCAGGCGGCGACUCGGCUGUCUUCGCGAGGCGAGGGCCAGGAUAAGGGCCCUGGGGCGCGCGAGGCUCCUGGACCGCGAGGUCGGCCGAGGGAUGUUCGCCUGGAUCGACCUCCUGGCCCCCCCCCGACCCAAGUGUCUCGUCUGCGGCGAGUCCGAGCCGAGGGCCGGCCCCGCCGGCCCCAAGUUCCGCGUUUGCCCGACGCCCGGGUGCCCCUUCGUGUCCUGCCCGGAGUGUUGGACGGACGUGGGCCAGGUUUGCUUGGCUUGUGCCGAUCCGCUCGACACCGAUUCCGAGGGAUACGAGACCGAGGCCGAACUUUAGACCGAUUCGCCCCGGAUGUCUCCAAGGACGAGCCUCUUGCCACGCACCGUUGCAAUUUCCUCGCCCGUCAUUCCGAUCGCGUGUCUCUAACGAUUUUGAAGAACUCCAAGUUCCCCUAUAAGGCGCACCCCCGACCGACCGACGCUUCGUUCGGCGGCCGGCACG